UCAAGUGAGCUAUAACAAUUGUAUACCGAUCACUAAACCAGAUAUUAGAAAAAUAUAUCAAAGAUAUGGGGAAAGUAUCUCUAUGGUUUUUGAGUUUGAUGUUUGUAGUGGUGGUGAUAGGGGUUGUGGAGUGUAGGAGACUUGAGAAGGAGACGUUAGGAGGCAGUGGUGGUGGAAUUGGCGGCGGUUUUGGUGGCGGCAAAGGUUUUGGAGGAGGAAUUGGUGGCGGGGGAGGUGCAGGUGGAGGUUUUGGUGGUGGUGUAGGAGGAGGCCAUGGCGGCGGUCUGGGCGGUGGCAUUGGUGGAGGCCACGGUGGAGAUAUUGGUGGUGGUUCUGGUGGAGGAUUAGGUGGUGGUGGAGGACUUGGAGGAGGCCACGGUGGAGGUAUUGGUGGUGGUGCUGGAGGAGGUGCUGGUGGUGGUGCAGGUGGAGGGCUCGGAGGAGGGCACGGUGGAGGCAUUGGUGGUGGUGCUGGAGGAGGUGCUGGUGGUGGUCUAGGAGGUGGUGCCGGUGGAGGUAUUGGUGGUGGUGCCGGUGGAGGUGCUGGUGGUGGUCUAGGAGGUGGUGCUGGUGGAGGACUCGGAGGAGGUCACGGUGGAGGUAUUGGUGGUGGUGCUGGUGGAGGUGCUGGUGGUGGUGCUGGUGGUGGUGCUGGUGGUGGUGCUGGUGGAGGACUCGGAGGAGGGCACGGUGGAGGUGCCGGUGGUGGUGCAGGUGGAGGAUUCGGAGGAGGGCACGGUGGAGGUGCUGGUGGUGGUGCAGGUGGAGGAUUAGGUGGUGGUGCUGGAGGAGGUGCCGGAGGAGGAUUUGGUGGUGGUGCAGGCGGAGGAGCUGGUGGAGGAGCUGGCGGAGGAGCUGGGGGAGGAUUUGGUGGUGGUGCUGGCGGGGGUCACGGUGGAGGUGUCGGUGGGGGAUUUGGUGGAGGAUCAGGCGGAGGAUUUGGUGCUGGUGGUGGUGCUGGCGGAGCUGGUGGAGGAUUUGGUGGUGGUGGUGGUGCCGGUGGAGGAUUUGGCGGUGGGUUUUAAAAUUUUAGUAAUUCAAUAUUCAUACAAAAUCUAUUCUUGGCUUGAAGUAAGCUAGGGCUACUAGUUACUUAUGUACCAAGUCAUAUGAGAAGAAUGAAAAUAUAUCAUAUUUCUUUCUGAUUUACUUUGUAACGAUAACCAAAUUUUAAAUAUUUGAAACCACUUCCAGUAUUCACAAUA